AUGAGAGCUGUUGUGCUUGCGUUGACUCUGGCCCUUGUGGCAAGUCAUCAGAUAAAUCUUGUUCCAGAAUUUGCUGCCGGUAAGACCUAUGUGUACAAGUAUGAGGGUCUGCUCUUGGGCGGUCUGCCUCAAGAGGGUCUGGGCAAGGCUGGUAUCAAAGUCAGCAGCAAGGUUCUCAUCAGUGCUGUGGCUCAAAAUACCUAUCUCAUGAAGCUCUCGGACCCUCAACUCUUUGAGUACGCUGGCAUCUGGCCCCAGGAUUCUUUCAUUCCUGCUGCUAAGCUCACCUCAGCACUGAAAGAUCAGCUUGUGAUUCCCAUCAAAUUCGAGUAUGACCAAGGUGUGGUGGGUAAGGUAUUUGCCCCUGCUGGAGUCUCUGCUACUGUCAUGAAUCUGCACAGAAGUAUCCUCAACAUCCUUCACCUCAACCUCAAAAAGAUCCAAAAUGUCUAUGAGCUGCAUGAGGCUGGACCUCAUGGAGUUUGCAAGACUCACUACUUGAUCAGUGAAGAUAUAAAGACUCAUCAGAUUGUUGUAAAAAAAUCCAAAGACUUGACCCACUGCCACGAGAGAAUCGUCAAGGAUAUUGGUUUAGCGUACACUGAGACCUGUGUUGAAGGCCAUAAUAGGCUUAAGAGUCUGACUGGAACAGCAAUCUACUCUUACAUCAUGAAGCCCACUGAUACCGGGGCUAUGGUUUCUGAGGCUACUGUUGAAGAGGUUCAUCAGUUCUCACCUAUGAAUACAUUUACUGGAGCAGCUCAAAUGAAAGCCAAGUAA